AACUUUCAAGUUCUUCCUCAAAAGCCUUUCUGGUUCUGGAUAAGCCGCGAGAACCGAGAGUGAGGACAAGAAACCUCAGAAAAUCCUCUGCUAGAAAUCAAGUACUAUUCGAGCUUCACUUGCUUUCUGGAUUAAACGAAGAAAGCCUACCUCCUGGUUUCAAUUUUCAUGAUGCAAUGAAUAAACAACUUGCUGCUUCUUCAAAGUUCGAAUUCAUUCAGUCCCUCAGUUCCUCCAAAGUAGGUGAGGUUUUUUAUUCAGUAAGGCGUCAUAUCGAUUCAGUAUUACUGAUUCUCCUUAAUUAAAUAGAUAAGAAUCAUAAGACUAAUCAUCUUAUGGUGAAAGGAUCGAAUUUUGAUUUUAUGGAGGAAUUUAAGUAAUUGCCAUUCUAAUUCUUUUUAAAGACAAAAUGGCUCAUUUUUCCGUUAUUUCCAAUUACGGUGGAAUGGGCACUAAGGUUCCUUCUUUCAAUCAAUCAAUGCUUUUAUGUAACGGAGAAAACUUGAGAGUUCAUUUCGGAAAUGAACAGUCUUUAGGGAGAUACAGAAAUUGUUGUGCUUCGGUUUGUCUUUCCUGCUUUUGUUCGCCGUCUUUAUCUUCAUUUGUUGGUCACUGUUGCUAUAAUUCUCGAGAUGGGUUGCCGCGUAGCAGGAGCAUUAGGUUACAGAUCAAUACCGGCAGUGGAAAGGAACGCAUUCAUUUGGGGAAAAGAGAAAAUAACGACACUAGAAAGCGGUUCUCAUUGAGAUUGCGCCCGAGAUUGCGCUUGUUAUCGAGAAGAUUGAGAAAUGCUUCGGUCUGGGCGAUGUCUGGGAAGUUCGGGACAUUUUUGCGUAAGAACUUGAAAGGCGUGACGCUUUCCAUUACCAUAUCUAUCGUCCUGGGUUUAUGCUACUUGUUUCUAAAGUUAACAGCGGUGCCAUCUCCAAAGAUAGUUCCAUAUUCAGACUUAAUAACGAAUCUUCAAAGUGGGACAGUAUCAAAGGUUCUUUUCGAAGAGGGAUCUCGUCGUAUAUUCUACAACAUUAAAUCUCAGAGUCCAGAGAAUAUUCAUUUGCUGGAAAAUCAGUCAUCUUCAGGAGAUAUUCCAAGUGAAAGUGUGGCUGCUGCAGUUAAUGGGGAAGACAGUGUCAAAACUCGCCCAAGAAUGGGUUUGAGUGUGUUGCAAAAAUUUUCAAGACCCAAAGCCAGAGAUUCUACUCAGGAGUGGCAGUGUUCAACAAGAAAGAUAGAUCAUGAUGAGAACUUUCUUCUAAGUUUGAUGAGAGAGAAGGGAACUAUUUAUAGUUCUGCUCCUCAAUCAGUUCUUAUGUCUAUAAGGAAUAUAUUGAUAACUGUCUUGUCUUUGUGGAUUCCUUUAACUCCUUUGAUGUGGUUGUUGUAUCGUCAACUUUCUGCUGCCAAUAGCCCUGCAAAAAAGCGGCGCCCCAGUAAUCAGACUGUGAACUUUGAUGAUGUGGAGGGCGUUGAUGCUGCCAAAGCUGAGCUUAUGGAGAUUGUUUUGUGCCUGCAAGGAGCUAUCAACUACAACAAAUUAGGAGCAAAGUUACCUAGAGGUGUAAUGUUGGUGGGACCACCAGGAACAGGAAAAACAUUACUAGCCCGUGCAGUUGCUGGAGAAGCAGGGGUACCAUUUUUCACUGUUUCUGCAAGUGAAUUUGUGGAAUUAUUUGUUGGAAGAGGAGCAGCGCGCAUUAGAGAUCUUUUUAAUGUAGCAAGGAAAUAUGCACCAUCAAUCAUAUUCAUCGAUGAGCUUGAUGCUGUGGGAGGAAAACGUGGUAGAAGUUUCAAUGAUGAGCGGGAUCAAACGCUAAACCAGCUGCUUACAGAAAUGGAUGGAUUUGAGUCAGACAUGAAGGUGGUUGUUAUUGCAGCAACAAAUAGACCAGAAGCAUUAGAUCCAGCUCUCUGUCGGCCUGGUCGCUUCUCGAGAAAAGUAUUUGUAGGAGAACCAGAUGAGGAAGGCAGAAAGAAGAUUUUGGCUGUACAUUUAAGGGGAGUUCCUUUAGAGGAAGACAUACAUGUCAUUUCCAAUCUGGUGGCAUCUCUCACCCAAGGCUUUGUAGGUGCUGAUCUGGCAAACAUUGUUAACGAGGCUGCUUUACUUGCCGCUCGCAGAGGUGGUGAGACUGUGACUCGGGAAGACAUCAUGGAUUCUAUAGAAAGAGCAAAAUUUGGCAUCAACCCUAGUAGGCUUAGUUCUGGUACCAUAAGCAAGGAGCUUGGAAAAUUUUUUCCAUGGAUGUCGUCUUUAAUGAGAAGGAAUGAUGCAAGAGAGGAUAAAUUGCAAGGCCUUCUUGGAUACCAAACACUCAGUUGAUAUUGAUAUUUUGAUUUGGCUGUAGCCUGUAACUCCAUUAUGCUCUAGCUUUAAGAAUAUCUAGCAUAUUAAUGCUGGAAAAGGUUCAAUUCUUUUUUUGAAGAUUAGUGUAAGGGCACGUGAUAUGCACAUGUGCAAAUAUUUUUUUUUCGGUGAUAAAAAGAUGCUUAGAGAUUUUGAAUUCUUUA